UUUCACUUAUUGGUUAGCAGACACAUGAAGGGACCUGAUGGCUCGCGGAUUAAAACUAACAGAGCGAUGCGCGCGCUAAUGAUAAUCACACAGGUGAAUUAAAGCGCAGGAUCGCAUUUAUAGCAUCACUUACAUCAAACAUCUCUCUGAACAACUUGAGAAAAUUAACCAAGGUUUUUUCUAACAACAUCGAGAAUAUGACAGCAACAGCUAACACCGGGGAUAAAAUCACGACGUCGUUGAAUGAUUUCUUACGCUCUCUACCGUCAAACGUCUAUUCUCUGGAUGAGAUCCCCACAUCACUGUCUACAGGUUUCUCAGAUGUAGAAGUGGGGGUCUAUUCUGACCAGUUCAGUGAAGCGUCCGGAGGUGGCUUAAACCCCGAUAGUUUCGGCGUGGAGAAACGGGGCCUGGACCUGUCAGAGUCGAGCAAGUUCUCCUCGCACAGCGCGCCCGUCGCCUACACAGGGAAAAUUUCCAUCGACGCGCACGGAAGUUGGAAUCAAGAAGGAAUAAUCAACUUUGUCAGCGCAGGGGUGCAAGACAGGACAUCUUCCCCAGGAUCAUUCUCCACCGACUCUCCCGCUCCUACUGACCUUACGCCAGGCUGCUCCAAAAUAGGUCAAAACCUUCCCAACAUGGAACACAUGUACACAUCUCCUCCCUCUUACACCUGCACUGCCGAAGGUUACCAGGACCAUUCGGGCUACCUAUCGACCACCACGUGCCCCUUAACAUACGCCACAACGUCCUACUCAACUCCAAAGUCAACUAUUGACGGGGCGCUUUUUUCUAUCAUUCCCGAAUGCGGGGGCUUUUAUCAAACCACUAACAGCCAAAGGGACAUGGCUAUGUUUCAGGACAUUAAGCCAUUUUCACGGUCGUUGGAAUCUAUUCGCGUCCCCCCACCUUUGACUCCAUUGAACACGAUAAGAAAUUUUACACUGGCGUGUCCGCUAGACGCGUCUAGGCCACCUAUAGAUGCCCACCCUCAAAACGUCCCACUCAGGCCAAUAUUGCGGCCACGGAAAUACCCAAACCGACCGUGCAAAACACCGGUGCACGAGCGCCCGUAUCCCUGUCCGGCUGAGGGAUGCGACCGGAGAUUCUCUCGCUCGGAUGAGCUCACGCGACACGUGCGUAUCCACACCGGACACAAGCCGUUUCAGUGCCGCAUCUGCAUGCGCAGCUUCAGUCGGAGCGACCACCUCACGACUCACAUACGCACGCACACGGGCGAGAAGCCCUUCUCCUGUGACUUCUGCGAUAGGAAGUUUGCGAGGAGCGACGAACGAAGAAGGCACACAAAAAUUCACCAGAGACAGAAAGACAAAAAAGACUCUGUGACUCCACACAACUCGACCGCGGAUGGCAUACCGCUGUGAAAAUAAACCUGACCGGUUGUGGGUACAUGGUCCUGUUUUUAUUAUGGAACCGUCGUUACGUUUAUGCGCAUACAAAUAUGCGAAGGCAGCUUAUGACUUCAAUGUUAAAUGUAAUUUGUUGUAGUAAGCAGAAGAAUAGAAAAGUCCGUUAAAAGUGUACAUUUGUAAAGCACAGUUUUUGUUUUCAGCGUCUGUGAAGCAAUUGUGUCACCACUUCUGUCAUACGAUGGAAAAUUGUAGAUUACCACACUAAGGUAUUCACAAUGUUUACAUAGCUCCAUGAGUUCUCUUUUUAUUGAUAACUUUAGUUUGUGUUUGAAUAAACAGUGAUGAAUCGUGA